AUGCACUUAAUAUAAGAAUGGCUAUAAGAAUAAUGAGUUGAGAAUUGGAGGGAUGAAGAAUGGAGAAUAGUUGUGCAGUUGAAGCAGAGUACUUCUGCAAGGACUUCGAUUGGGAAGAACAUAGAGCAGAAGUAGAAUCAAACCCUAGUUUUCGCUACCAUUUUGAAUCCACCCCUUCUUCUUCAUCUUCAACACAAUCAACAUCAUCGCCAGAUUCAGACGUGCAAGCUUGGAGCCAAUUUCACAUUCGCCAUGCCUCCGGAAAAUUCUUCAAGGAGAGGCGCUAUUUGUUGAAGGAAUUCCCAGAAUUGCUUUCUUCUCCCCCAAAUUCUCACCUUAAGCUCCUUGAAGUCGGUUGCGGAAAUGGCAGCACUGUUCUCCCUAUACUUAGGGCCAACAAGGAUGUUGUUGUUUAUGCAUGUGACUGUAGUAAUGAGACUCUUGAGAGGGCUAAGGAAAUUAUAAGUGGCAGUGCUACCGGAGUUGCCUCUUUUAAGCAUCGUUUCCAUACGUUCUUUUGUGAUUUUUCUACUAAUGGAUUCCCAGACUGGUUGGCAUACAACCCUUGCCAAGAUAAAAUUUUAAAGGAGUCAUACUUCUUGUCAGAUUUCAAAGGGGAUAAUGGACUUCGUCUUACCAAUCCAUAUUUAUCCGAAGAAUUUGACUGUUGUGUUGGCGGAGUAGACUUUGUGACAUUGAUAUUUACUCUAUCAGCAGUACCACUGGAAAGGAUGCCAAGGUCCAUCAAGGAAUGUUUUACUGUGUUAAAGCCAGGAGGGAUGGUUUUAUUGAGGGAUUAUGGCCUCUAUGAUAUGACCAUGCUUCGAUUUGAGCCAGACAAGAGAGUGGGAUUCAGGGAAUACAUGCGGUCAGAUGGAACACGAUCAUAUUUCUUUACUUUGGAAAUUGUCCGGAACCUAUUUCUGAAUGCAGGCUUUACUGAGCUUGAGCUUGAUUACUGUUGUGUCAAGUCUGUAAAUCGCCGGAAAGGGAAGAGUAUGCGAAGAGUUUGGGUUCAUGGGAAGUUUCAGAAGCCUGCCCUGAGUUAGUUGUCAAUAAUCUCCCUUGGCCACACUGAAGAUUAUAAAAGAGAGACAGGUACUGGAGAACUGUUGUUUCUGUCCCAAUUUUUGAUGUGUUGAGAAUCUUUUUCUUUUUGGUUUAUAUACGCUGAGAAUUGGUAAGGUCUCCCAUUUGAAAAGCAAGGGCUGCAGUCCAGAUUAUCUGUUUGUGAAAUCAUUUACAUUUGUUGAAUAGAAUAUCUGCAAGCUUCAAUCUU